AUAUAGCAACGUUCAAAAAGUCCAAACUUUCCAGAAACAGCGAAGAGGCGGAGAGCCCGAGCUUUUACACCCCUCCUUCUGCCCGCACUCCUCCUCCCUCGCUUUCUGAUUUACUUUCUUCCUCUUCGAUCCGCCUGAAAUCUGCAGCGGCAAGCGCAGGACCAACGGUAUGGCAGACAGCGGGUCUGUGCGGGAGGACUCAAGGAUCGUGAUUGAAGAUGAUUGGCCGGGAUACAGCUUAGACCUGUUUACUUACCCAGAACACUACUGUGAAGAUAUAGAAAGUGUCUAUAUCCCACACGGAAUCAUCAUGGACCGGACCGAACGGCUAGCCAGGAACAUCAUGGAUGACCUGGGGGACCAUGACAUUGUGGUGCUGUGUGUGUUGAAGGGGGGUUACAAGUUCUGUGCCGACCUGGUAGAGUUCAUCAAGGGCCUGAGCCGCAACUCCAGCAAAUCCCUCCUCAUGAGAGUGGACUUCAUCAGGCUAAAGAGCUACUUAAAUGACCAGUCCACAGAAGAUCUCCAUAUCCUUGGAGGAGAGGACCUGUCUGUUCUCAGCGGGAAGAACGUCUUGAUUGUAGAGGCCAUAGUUGACACUGGAAAGACAAUGAAGGCUCUUCUGGAGCAUGUGGAGACCUUCGGGCCCAAGAUGGUUAAGGUUGCUGGUUUAUUGGUGAAGCGGGUGCCAAAUGGACUAGGGACCCCCCCAGACUAUGUUGGAUUUGAAAUCCCAAAUCGUUUUGUUGUUGGUUACGCUCUGGACUACAACGAGUACUUCCGAGACCUCAAUCACAUUUGUGUCAUCAGCGAGGCGGCAAAAAUAAAAUACAAAGUCUGAAGAGUAAGACCGAUGGCCUGCUGCGCGUGGACAAGGGAGGGCCCCAUACGUCUCCAUCGAUACGGCGAGACUGUAAGAACCGGCCCCCGCUGGGCCAGCUGAGCUGCUUUACACUUAGAGAACCUCCUGGAACAUGGGCUGCUGCCUUCCUGGGUCAAAGCAGGAAGCACUGCAUGUAAUCUGAUUCACGAUUGGUCGAUAUCUGCCAGUAGAAAAUUAAUAAAUGCUCACUAACUUCGUGCCCUUCCCAGCUGUGUCGGAUGUUUAAUGUAAUAAACUGCUGUUCCUGCUCUCAUA